GGAUCUUCCGGAUAAUCCUGCUGUUGAAUGGGACACACAGCUCCUCGCCACCUUUGUGCACAAGCAUAUCGAAGCCAAUGACAUCAACCUGGUGGUAACCUUUGAUGCAGGAGGAGUGAGUGGUCAUGCUAACCACAUUUCUCUUUACAAUGCUUUAAGGUACCUGCAUUCAGAGGGGAAGUUACCUGAAGGGUGCCGUGUGCUCGUGCUUGAAUCAGUAAAUCUCUUCCGGAAGUACAUCUCCGUCCUGGAUGUACCCAUUUCCUGCGUCCUGCCCAGAGAUGCACUCUUCAUACUUACAGAGGAGGAGACUGAACAAGCCAGGAGCGCCAUGCGGUGUCAUCGCAGCCAGCUCCUCUGGUUUCGCCACAUCUAUAUGCUUUUCUCACGUUAUAUGGUGAUCAAUUCACUCCACCCUCUGUAAAAGAGACACCGCUCACAACUUCGGGAGUAAAAGAAUGAGUGAAAAAAAGACUGUGUCAGUCCAAGGACUGAAGAAAACCCACCUGUUACAAGCUCAAGAGGACAGGAUUCUCUUUGUGUAGUGUUCUUUCAGACUACAAAAAACAGGCUGUAUGAACUUGCUUCUGAAUAUCUUGUUGCCCGAUACAUUGAGAUGAACAGGGUUUAACAACUAUUCUAUUUUCUCACUGUAGAAGCUAAAUAGGGUAAGAAAUUUUGGUUAACCUAAUUAGGAAUAAAAUGCAGGAGUAUUCUGCAUCAGAGAAGAUAUGGCAUAAACUAUUUUUCCCCAAGAGGAUAUAGGGCAUUUUUUAAAGCCAGAUUUGAAACAC